GGAAUGUUUUUACGGAAAUUUAGUACGCCACCGCCUAGUCAUCGUGUCGUUUCCUCUUCCCAGGAUCGGGCAGGAGUGGGCCACCCGGCUGGUUAAGUGCUUGACAAAUGAGAAGCUCUGGAUGGAGGUCAUGAUGGUCGCCGCCCGGAAGGAUGCAAAGGCAGUCCCGUUGGCGCCCGAGAAAAUGAAGGAGAAGCUGGUCAAACAGGCUGAAGCCUAUCGGGGCCCCCUUGCCAAGCACGAGGGCUUGCUCAAGUCCGCCAAGGAAUCAGAUGAGCGGGCUAAGCGGAAGUUCGCCGAGUUGGCGGAGAAGGCCGGGCAGACGGGCGAGCUGGAGGUGGAGAAUGCCCAGCUAAAGGCUGAGCUGAAGAGGGAGUGCUCCGACCGGGCUGUUCACGCGGCUGCUUGGGCUGCACAGGAACCGAAGAAGUUCGCUGCCCAAGCACUUUCUGACAGGGAGGUCGGCAUUGGUUCUUCCAAAGCGCACGCCCCCGUCAGGAAUGACCUGAGUGUGGAGCUUGUGGGAUCUACUCCUCCUAGACCGAGAAGGGCCUGCCCUUUCUAGCUCCCCGGUGGUUUUGUCGGGAUGACCAACCGGGAGGUACUGGCCAGUUGAGACGACGG